GUUUCACAACAAUGUAUCAUCAGUUUAUGUGACACUAACAGCAGACCAGCUAGAUUUUAUGGGACCAAUCUGGUUUGGUUUUGUGAAACUUGCUUUUCAUGUCAACAUGCACCUGGUGCAAGAAUUGACCAAGAUGAGCGACCACCCUGACAUGAUUGACCCAAUGGUAGCCGGUGGCAACUCUAGAAUGAGAGGAAUGUUUUCUCGCAUGAGCAGAGGCAGGCAAAUGUCCACUUCGUGUUUCAAAUGGAUGAGGAAGAACCUUCUGCUGGUGCUGACUGUCAUUGCAGUGUUCUUCGGAGUGUUGGUGGGGUUCCUGUCUAGAUUGAGCGCGCCGUCUGCCAACACCAUCAUGCUCAUCUCCUUCCCAGGAGACCUGCUGAUGAGGAUGUUGAAGUGCCUCAUCUUGCCACUCAUUGUGUCAUCCAUGAUUACAGGUCUUGCUUCUCUGGAUGCUAAAUCUAGCGGUCGUAUGGGUCUCCGAGCCAUUGUGUACUACUUCACCACGACGUUCGUAGCCAUCGUCAUUGGAAUCAUACUGGUCGUGUCCAUCCACCCCGGCAAGUUCACUGGUGAAGGCAAGGCGUACGUGCAGUCUGCUGAUGAAAAGCCACCAUCAUCCACCGAUGCCUUUCUGGACCUCAUUAGGAAUAUAUUUCCAGACAAUAUUCUCCAGGCAGGGUUCCAACACACAAGAACGAUAUACGUCAAAGCUCCAGAAGAGGAGGUUGACUCCAAUCUGACUGGUCUGUUAAACGAAACUAUCACCACGACAACUGUCAUGACAACAGUGACAGAUAACUCCACCGGGGCCAACACUACUUACAUCCUGAUGAAGGAAGAAAAAUGGAUUCGAACUUUUCCCUACUCUAAUGGAAUAAAUGUUUUAGGUUUGAUCAUGUUCUGUACAGCGUUCGGCAUCAUCAUGAGCAACAUGGCAGAGAAGGCCAAACUGAUGGUGGACUUCUUCUUCAUCCUGAAUGAGAUCAUCAUGAGGAUCGUCGGGAUGGUCAUGUGGUACUCCCCUAUUGGUAUAUUCUUCCUGAUCAUUGGGAAGAUCCUGUCCUUGGAGGACCCUGCUAAGGUUGGAGAGCAGCUUGGCAUGUACAUGCUGACAGUGUUGUCCGGCCUCAUCAUCCACGCUGUCAUUGUUCUCCCCGCCAUCUACUUUGUCAUCACCAGGAAGAAUCCUCUAAAGCUCUUCAUCGGCAUCCUCCAGGCUUGGGUCACUGCUCUGGGUACAGCCUCAAGCUCUGCAACACUGCCUGUGACAUUCCGAUGUCUGGAAGAAAAUUUGAACAUUGACCGACGUGUGACGAGAUUUGUCCUGCCUAUCGGCUCCACCAUCAACAUGGAUGGCACGGCGCUGUACGAAGCUGUGGCACCGAUCUUCAUUGCACAGAUGAAUGGCAUUGACCUCAACUUUGGCAAGAUCAUCACUAUCAGUCUGACAGCAACAUGUGCCAGUAUUGGCGCUGCCGCCAUCCCUAGUGCUGGUCUGGUUACCAUGGUGAUGGUGUUGACAUCUGUUGGGCUUCCUGCUGACGAUGUCAGUAUUAUUCUGGCUGUUGAUUGGUUCUUGGACAGAAUCAGGACAUCUGUGAACGUGUUGGGUGACAGUUUUGGUGCUGGAGUCAUCGCACAUCUGUCCCGCCAUGAGCUGUCCGAGGACCGCCAUGCACCGCUGGACGACAAUGUUGAGAUGAAGGAUGCAGAUGACUGGGCGAAUCAAGCCAAUGGGGAAGUCCCGCCCGAGGAGGCCAAGAUGAUGGACGGCUGAAUCAUGUGUCCGAACAACAGGCAUCACUUCACAGCUCCAUUAGAAUUGCCUUAGUCACAAUACUUUUCUAUGGUUUAGAAAUAUAUGUGAUGGUUUCGAUUACAUGGAUUUCAAACUGAUAUGGAUAGUAGAAAAAUGAUUUUUUUAAAGUGUCUUAUUUAGAAAAUGAGAUGAGUGCUUGUGUAACAAGUAGUAUUUAAGUAUUUGGUAAUAUGUAUAUAUUAGGUCAGCUAAUUAAUCGAAAUCACACAUGUAUUUCACUCCACCUAAUCCUUAUCAGUUAAUGAUCGACAUAUUUUGAAGUACCUGGUCUCCUCCAGCACAUGGGCGUCCCAGUUUCACAUGCAGUACAGACAGACCUGGUGUUGAAAACCGGCUUCCAUUAGUGAGAUCUAGUCCUUGGGACAAGCCCCACAUGGACUGACUAGAUCUAGUCUUGGAUGCUGGCUGGUUGAAGAGAGACUAGAUCUAGUCUUUGAGUCAGGCCACUGAUGCACUAGUCAGGCCACUGAUGGAUAGACCAGAUCUAGUCCUGGAGGCUGGCUGUCUGUAGAGAGACUAGAUCUAGUCUAGAUUUCAUGAAAUCUUGAAAGAUUUUUUGGGGCAAGAUGGUGCUAACGGCAGUAUGUAUAUUCCUGCAUAAUUCAUGUCACAUUCAUUCUCCACCCAAGUUCAGCCUGAUUUACAAACAUACCACAACGAAUGUAUGACAGAUGAUAUCCCACAGGAAAUAGUUCUUGCCUCAACACUGGUGCAUUGUGGUUCCCUGAACUUGCCUCUGAGUGAGACCAGGAUGUGCUUCUCCCGGCAUGUGUAGUUUCCAGUGCUGUAGAUCAGGAAUCCUACCUUCCAUGCAGUGAUGGAGGGACAUUUGUGUGUACAUAUUUCCUCAUCUUCUCGAGUCCUGUUUCCACCCUUGCCACACCAAGCCCACUUUCCUGCGCUAAAUAUGAAAGGACUAUCGCACAUAUCAAUAGUCCAAUCAGAGAACGUUUCACAAAAUCAACAUCCACGACUGGUACACCUUCAUAUAGAAGUGAUUUACCGAUGCCUGUCUUUGUUGACACGUCUUUUUCAUCACAGAACCACCCCCCAACAAUUGCCUGUGUUUUUUUUGUCAGGGAUGAAAUCGUGAAUGCUUUCGUUAUAUGACCUACUAGGUCAUCGCCUAUGGUAGUCGCCAUCUUUGUGAAGCUAUAAGAGAUCAGCGAUCUGAUUGGAUAGCGCGUUUUCAUUACAAGGGGCACAACUCGUGAUCUACGCGAGGUGGCGCCAUGGUCGAGCCAAUUAAAGUGGUCUUGAUGUGGCAAGGGUAGAAACUAGGCUUUGAUAUAGGCUAGUGGGCAUGCUUUCCCCGGGAACAGGACAUUUCCUGUGUGUAUGUAGAACAGGAAAUGUCCUGUGUGUAUGUAGAACAGGACAUUUCCUGUGUGUAUGUAGAACAGGACAUUUCCUGUGUGUAUGUAGAACAGGAAAUGUCCUGUGUGUAUGUAGAACAGCACAUGUCCUGUGUGUAUGUAGAACAGGACAUUUCCUGUGUGUAUGUAGAACAGGACAUGUCCUGUGUGUAUGUAGAACAGGACAUUUCCUGUGUGUAUGUAGAACAGCUGCUACUCACUUACCUGCUAUUUGCUGAGAAUGUAAAAUUUGCAGUUACAGCAAGGACAUUAUUAUUUAGUUCUGAUUAUUAUGUAUGCCAGACUGAUUUAUUUUCUUUUGUUUUUUGCCCAACAAGCCUACCAUGAAUAAUAAGUAUUAAAAUGAAUAAAUAAAUGAAAUAUGUUUGAUUGAAACUAUAUAUUUGUUCAAAUAUGUUUGGUUGCAUUUUGAUCGAAACGUUUUUUCUCAAUAUUCUUAUAUGAAAUUAACAACAAAUCAAUGUAAAUAACAUUUUUUUAAUUUGCCUCUUGCUGCUUUGAAUAUUGAAUAAAAUAAUUCAUUAAACAAGAACUUCAUUUAGCCUGGCUUUAGACUGAACAUGUAUACAAUUCGGGUGUGUUUUGUUGAUAUUAAACUUUUUAUCCAGUUUUGUAAAUAUGGGUGAAUAAGAUUUCUUACUAAUUUGAUUGCCUUUGUUAAGAAAGUAUAUAUGUUUUGUUUGUUAACAAUUUCAACAUCUGUUCCACAUUUAAUUUGUUAUCAUUGUCACUCAAAUUUGCUAUAUCUCAAAUAUCUGUAUCAACAGUGUACAUGUCACAUGACAACAGUGUACAUGUCAUGUGACAACUUAUAUGACAUGUGACAACAGUGUACAUGUCAUGUGACAACUUAUAUGACAUGUGACAACAGUGUACAUGUCAUGUGACAACUUACAUGUCACCUGACAACCGUUCAUGUCAUAACAACGAUGCAGGGGUGGGAAAAUCAGUCUGAUGUAAGGGCCAUUAUAUUUGUAUGACUUUUCAUCUUAGGUUAUUGGACAUGUACACAGAUUGGAUCAGUAGAUUAAGUCAUCAAUCAAAACAAGUAAUUUGUAUGAGAUUAUUCAUUGGUUUUGCGUAGUGUUGAAACAGGAUAUAUUAUACAUAAUGUGUCAGACCUGAACCGUUUUCUUUUAAUCAUGUUGUCACAAAUGUGAAUUUGUCUUGCAUUGUGAUCAUGUGAAAUCAAUGUAUGAGUCAUGUGACAUCAAUGUACACAUCAUGUGACAAUAGUAUAUGUGUCGUGUUGUAGAACUAGAGUAUGUGGUCUUCUCAAAUCCAACACCCUUUUUUUACUUAUCUGCAGUAUAACUUAGGCAGGUGCUUGUUGAUUGUUUAGUUUAUAGAUUGACCAGAGUUUCACAAAGAAAAUAUAUUAAGUGUUUGUCUUCUUCCUGCUGAGAAUUUAAAUGAUGAAAAAAGCUUGGACAAGCACCCUAAGAGUGGUUUCUUUCAUGCCCUUUUUUUUCCUUUUAUAUUUAUGAGCAUUCUUUAGAAAUCACUAAAUUAUUGACCCAUGGAACCAAAAUCUGUCAACUAUACAACUCACAACCUUAUUUUGUAGCAUGAAAUUGAUUGUGAAUUACAGAGGAGGAUUUUCUCUCAAGUUAUAAUGUUCUUAUGUAGGACGUAGUGCAAAUAUUUCUUAGGUGUACAAUAUUUUCUUGCAUUUAUUUCUGUGAUCUUGAAGACUUGGGAAUUAAACCUGAAUCAUUCGAACUAAAUUGACUCAUUUGUGUGCCCAAGGUGUUCUUUCCAGCUAAAAAAAUCUACAUAAUGUGUCAGACCUGAACCGUUUUCUUUUAAUCAUGUUGUCACAAAUGUGAAUUUGUCUUGCAUUGUGAUCAUGUGAAAUCAAUGUAUGAGUCAUGUGACAUCAAUGUACACAUCAUGUGACAAUAGUAUAUGUGUCGUGUUGUAGAACUAGAGUAUGUGGUCUUCUCAAAUCCAACACCCUUUUUUUACUUAUCUGCAGUAUUACUUAGGCAGGUGCUUGUUGAUUGUUUAGUUUAUAGAUUGACCAGAGUUUCACAAAGAAAAUAUAUUAAGUGUUUGUCUUCUUCCUGCUGAGAAUUUAAAUGAUGAAAAAAGCUUGGACAAGCACCCUAAGAGUGGUUUCUUUCAUGCCCUUUUUUUUCCUUUUAUAUUUAUGAGCAUUCUUUAGAAAUCACUAAAUUAUUGACCCAUGGAACCAAAAUCUGUCAACUAUACAACUCACAACCUUAUUUUGUAGCAUGAAAUUGAUUGUGAAUUACAGAGGAGGAUUUUCUCUCAAGUUAUAAUGUUCUUAUGUAGGACGUAGUGCAAAUAUUUCUUAGGUGUACAAUAUUUUCUUGCAUUUAUUUCUGUGAUCUUGAAGACUUGGGAAUUAAACCUGAAUCAUUCGAACUAAAUUGACUCAUUUGUGUGCCCAAGGUGUUCUUUCCAGCUAAAAAAAUCUCAGGAAUAAAAACAUAAUAAGUAAAGUACAGCGGAAUUUCUUUUGUUUUUAACUCAAAUGUUUUAACAGACUUAGUGAUUUUAUUUCUCCUGGCUACAACACAUGGCUUGGCUUGGUCAUGUCACCAUAAUACCGUAUUCGAGGUAAUAAGCGCCCAGGCGCUCUCAAAAUUAGAAAUAGGGGGCUCUUAUUAGAAUAUUAUUUUGAUGGAAAAAAAACAGUUGAAAGAUAAAUUUCGUGGUUUAUGUUGACGGUCUGAACUGUUUAUAUAUGACAGAUAUAUUUUUCCAGAAUUGACUUGCCCAAAAUUAAGGGUGCAUAUAACACACGAGUGCGUAUUAUACACGAAUAAAUAAGUCGUGUACAUUGACCAAUCGGAAGGGAUGCUAAUUGGGAUUGUUCACUUGCCAAUAUAUUAGCAAAUAUCGCCGUGGGCGCUUAUUAGAGCGGGGCGCUUAUUACGCCGAAUACGGUAUGUCUAUAGAUGUUGUGAUGGGCACAAUAUGACUCUUGUGUGUUUUCCUGUCUACACCAUCCUUUCAAUGAAAUAAAUUUAGAUUAAAAUGA